GCAGUAAUGCGCAUGCGCUAAAGUUAGAUAACGUAAGAUAGAUUAUUUAUUUAUUUAUUUAUUUAUUUAUUUAUUUAUUACCUCAGUAGAAUAAUCUGUUCGCGUUUCUGAAAUGGUAAACAACUGUCAUUCAACGUCAUUCAGUAGAAAUAGGUGGCAUUUAAUGAAAGAAAAGGGCUCGCGGUGGCUGAACUUCAGCAGAACUGAACUGACUUAAUCAGAUAAGCUGCACAUCAACAGCUGCCACAUCCAGAUUUAAAACGCGCUUUCUAACUUUUAAUAUUGGGACUGUGUGUAUUAAUUAAACGCUGUGUAUUAAUUAAACGCUCGUAGUUAUUUUAGUGUAUGGUACAUAGUAAAUGUAACUGACGAUGGUUGACUUUGUCCUUUCUUCAAUUCAGGGAUAGUUUAGCUGGCUGGCUAAUUAACUACUAGCAUAACUUAUUAAACUUUGUUCAGCAAUUUUCAGAUAUAAAGUUCAAACAGAAUUUACUACUUUUUUUUUUCAAUUUUCUUCUAUUAAGAAUUUCUGCAUCUUAAAAAGUCUUUUACUAGUCUUUUUGAUAGUCAGCUGAGUGGCUCUGGAGCCAUGGCUAAUCCUCUAGAGCAGUUCAUUUUACUGGCACAAAACCUGAAGGGAGCCGCUUUAAUUUCACUUAUAACCCGGUUGUUGGAAACCCCAGGAGUUUAUUCUUUCGGAGAGUUUCUGGAACUGCCAUGUGUUAAACAGCUCACCAAUGGUCAGAGCCAUGAAUACUCGAAGCUUUUGGAUGUGUUUGCUUAUGGCACCUAUCAUGACUAUAAAGCCAGCAAGGACAUCUUGCCUCCACUGUCUGAAGCCCAGGAGAAUAAAUUAAGGCAUUUGACCAUCGCAAGUUUGGCUGCAAACACUCAGUGUAUCCCAUACAGUGUACUUCAGAAGGCUCUUGAGGUGGACAGUGUGAGGCAGCUGGAGGACUUGUUAAUUGAAGCUGUGCAUUUGAAUGUGAUCAGAGGAAAACUGGACCAGUGCAAACAACAGCUGGAGGUUGAAGCCUGCAUCAGUCGGGACAUGUGUUCAGAGAACACGGGACAGUUGGUCCAAACACUCACCAACUGGUGUGCUGGCUGUGAGAGUGUGUGGUAUGCAAUAGAGAUGCAGGUAGACAGAGUGAAGCAGAGCAGAGAGUCUUGUUUGCAAGCUCAGCAGCAGAUCUAUGCUGAGGUGUCAAAAAUUCGUAAAACGAUGACAGGUGCCACAUCUUCAUUUAACGAGGAAAUGCGAUUUCGGUUUAAAACACUAACAAGAGAAGGAACCCUACCUCUGCAAAACACUAGUGUGUGUGUGCCGACACAGUCCAGUGCUCCUUGCAAUUGAUUUUUGUUCAUUUAAAUUUAACAUUUGGAUUUAGAAUUGGAAUUUCUGUUUUAACAAUGUUUGCUCCUGCUUAGUUUCAGUUUGCCUCUAUGUUCACAUUUAAAAAAAAAGUUGUAUCAAACAUUUGAGUUGUAUAAAUCAGAUGAAAAAAAUGUACUUGCUUUGUUGUUUAUGAUUUUUGUCUAUAUUGUUCAAGCCUUGGUUGUUUUCAUAUUCCAGUGUAUGAAUUUGAACAAGUUUUUGCUUGUCAUACUUUCUUUUCUUCUAUUGUCCUUCAUAAAUAUGUACAACAAUUUUCCUCUUGUUGUGUUCAUACUGUAUAUCUUAUUACUCCAUUACAUACUUGUCUAGUGAUGAGGUCAGUGAUACAAAGGAGCUAACUUGCUGUAGUUGUACUGCUAACUUGCUGUAGAGUGAAGAUGCACAGGGUUUGGGAGUAAGUUAUCUAACUGUGGCCAAACACGUCACACUGAGUCCUCUAGGAGGGGAGAAAUUGUGUGAAUGUUUUGUGCUUGAAGCCCAUUGACCCACUUUACAAUUGUCUUCAGGCCCAGACAAUGGCAAAUGGUUUCAUAACCAAUCCACCAACCCCCUUAAACACACACACACACACACACACACUCACACACACACACACAGAGUAGUUAAUGGAUAAUGGAGGUUAUGGUUUUUAUGUUAUGAGUGGUAUGAGGUGGUUUUGAUUUCUCAGAUUUCAUCAAACAUCCAAAAAGCUCCAGGCAAGCUCAGAACUGUAAGGUUUCAGUAAAAAUAAAAACUUCAGAUUGCCUAGGGAAAUGGAGAGCAUCAUUUAGCUUUUUAAAAACUUAGUUUGCCUGAGUUCCCAAAAUAAUUUUUUACCCUUACAUAACCAUGAUUUUUGUUAAAG